AAAAAGCCUUUUGCCCCAACGUCUGAAAUCUUCUGAUUAUCAAUUUUAUCGUCCUUCGACAUUUUCUUUUCGGGCAUCAAAUAAAACAUAAAGAAAAUAUCAUUUGUAGUGAUGUAUGAAAAAAUGUAAAUUCAAAUUUCCUUGAAGAAUUGUCAAUCCUAAUUCAAGUGAUCAAUUGUCUGAUGUAUUUUUAUUUGUUUACUAUUGAAUAUUCCUGAGGCCCCCAUUGUGCAGUUGCAUGAAUUCAAUGAUUCUUGGCGAGUUGGCAUGCUUUUAAUUCAUGCAACUAAUUCUGAUGAACGUUUUUGCGAUCUUCAUAUGAUUAGAUGAAUCUCCAUCGUCUCAUCUGCGGCCUACGCUAAGAAAAAGCCGAGCUUUUGAUCAUAAAAAGAAAGCGAUGUUAUGGUUUCUUUAAGACCAUAGGGAUCCGGGACCUGAAUUCUAGGGGCUAAAGAUGUCUAUUCAACAAGGGAAAGCAGAAACUAAAGAUGUUCCAGGUUUUUCUCUCUAUGAGCUCUUACGAAUGGAAACCUCUUCAAACUGGGGUCUCUGCUCAAGGGAAUGGAUACAUUCUAAAUCUUCCAGUCCACGACAGAGGCUGGAGAGUGUAUUAUCUGAAGCAGGCAAUAGAACUUGUGCAGAUUGUGGAUCGCCAGAUCCAAAAUGGGUAUCACUGAGCAUUGGAGCUUUCAUUUGUAUCAAAUGCUCCGGAGUACAUAGAAGCCUUGGAGUGCAUAUAUCAAAGGUCUUCUCGGUGAAGCUUGACGAAUGGACUGACGAGCAAGUUGAUGCUUUAAUUGAAAUGGGAGGAAACAAUGUUGUGAACUCGAAAUAUGAAGCUUGCAUUCCUGAUUAUUUUAGAAAACCGAAACCAGAUUCUUCCACUGUGGAGCGCACUGAUUUCAUAAGGAGAAAAUAUGAGCUGCUACAGUUUUUGGACCGUGAUUUAGAGCUGAAUUGCCGGUUUCCACCUCCGUUAACCUCCAACAGCAAUUCUUCGAGCUGUUGUUCUCCGUCACCCCCUGAGAAGAGAUAUGACAAACAAACAACUGCUCACCGUAUCCAAGGUCUAGGGCUGGUAUUUCGUAAUAGCUGGAGAAAAACGGAAUAUAAAGCUGCCAAAAAAAACAACUCAAUGGCAGGGAUGGUCGAAUUUGUAGGACUGAUUAAGGUUAAUAUAGUAAGGGGCACCAACCUAGCAAUCCGAGAUGUGGUGAGCAGCGAUCCCUAUGUCAUCCUCUCACUGGGAAAUCAAUCUAUGAAGACUCGUGUCAUAAAGAAUAACCUUAACCCCGUCUGGAAUGAAAGUCUAAUGUUGUCAAUUCCAGAAAAUGUACCUCCACUGAAGUUGCUUGUCUAUGACAAGGAUACAUUCUCAACUGAUGAUUUUAUGGGAGACGCUGAGAUUGAUAUUCAACCACUGCUGUCUGCUGCUAAGGCUUCAGAAUGCUCCUCAAUCAGUGAGUCGACACAGCUCGGAAAGUGGAAAGCGAGCAAAGAGAAUACGCUCGUGAGCGAUGGAGUUAUCACAUUAGAAGAUGGUCGGGUGAAACAAGAAAUCUCUAUAAAGCUGCAGAACGUUGAGCGUGGAGUAUUAGAGAUUGAGCUUGAAUGUGUGCCUCUCACACAGUAGUAGCCAGACGAGACUUAGACGAGCAUAAUUAUAAGCCUUCUCUGAAGAAAUUCUUCCUGCUGUAACUGUAUUAUCUUCGACCGACAGGUAGAUUUCGGUCCCGUUUCUCCGUCCUCGAGAUUGGUUCUUGUGGAACUCUGCGCUUGUCCACUUGAUAAAAGUUUGCAGCUAAGGAUUAUCAGGAAAUUCACCUCAUUUAUGAUGUAGUUUUACUGGUCAAUACAUAGCUGGUGAGGAGUCAUUUGUUGUAACAUAAAAGUCCACUGGUGUGUUGCGUUGUGCUGAACAUCUCUGCCAAUGCAUUGCCUCUUAGUUUCUCCCCAGUCCAUGAUUUUCUUGAGCAGGAAAUUCAGCAACAACAUGUACUCAAGUUGAGUGGUUUGACAAUCAAGAAAUUGCAUAUUGAUGUA